GACAGUUGACGUGUACGGUUUGUGAAGCGGAAAUGCGCUAAACGUUUCGAAUAACCCAAUAGAGAAAUUGAGUUGCCUGCAAAACAGAAAGAACCACAACAACAACGUCGACGACAACGACAACGACAACACACACAUCAAUGCAAACAAAUACAUAGAAAGCAAAAAGAAGAGAAAAGCAUGUACGCCGCGUAUUAUUAUUAAAAUGUGAAAUGCAAACAAAACAGCAGUAAAAUAUAAACACACACAAAACUACACACAUCUAACAACAGAGGAAAAAGGAAAGCAGCAGCAACAGCAAACAAUAAUUGCAAUAACAACACGUCGUUGACCACGUCAAAAGUCUCGCGCGCGUGGCUCAGUGUGAGUGUGUGCCCGAGAGUAGUGAGCGAGUGUGCGUGUGUGCGAGAGUGUGUGCGACAGUGUGAGAGUGUGUGUGUGCGUGUGUGUGAGUGCUGCGUGUCACAUAUCAGGAGAAGAAAAAAAAUAAAGAAAAAGAAGAAGGUUCAGUGGAAAAAACAGCGCAGCGCAGCAGCAGCAGCAGAAGCAGGCAGCAACGGAGAAAUUUUUGUUCAACAGCAGAAGGCAAAACCAACAGCGACAGCGACAGAGGCAGCGACAGCAGCAACAGCGACGCCAACAGAAGAUACUUAACUCACACCUGGAGAGAUACUGAGAGUCGAAGUGUUGGAACUUUAGUUCCAUCAACUAAUUGAAUAAUUGGAACAGUUUGCGCCUCGCCAUGGGCACCGGACACUACUUCUGGGCGAUCUUCUAUUUUACCAGCCUGUGUAGCGCCUCACUAGCAAAUAAUGCCAAAAUAAAUUUCCGAGAAAAGGAGAAAAAAGUCUUAGAUCAAAUUUUAGGUGCAGGCAAAUACGAUGCCAGAAUUCGACCAUCGGGAAUAAAUGGCACAGCGAAUUUAGCAACAAGAGUCAAGGUCAACAUGUUUCUACGCUCCAUUUCGAAAAUCGAUGAUUACAAAAUGGAGUACAGCGUCCAGCUGACAUUCAGAGAACAGUGGACGGAUGAGCGCCUCAAGUUCGAUGACAUACAGGGACGCUUGAAAUAUCUCACAUUGACGGAGGCUAAUCGCGUCUGGAUGCCGGAUUUGUUCUUCUCGAAUGAGAAGGAGGGACAUUUUCACAACAUCAUUAUGCCGAACGUGUAUAUACGCAUCUUUCCCAAUGGCUCCGUGCUCUACAGUAUACGAAUCUCAUUAACAUUGGCAUGUCCAAUGAAUCUCAAACUGUAUCCAUUGGAUAGACAAAUCUGCUCGCUUCGCAUGGCAAGCUAUGGCUGGACGACCAAUGAUUUAGUGUUCCUUUGGAAGGAGGGUGAUCCUGUGCAAGUGGUUAAGAACUUACACCUACCUCGCUUCACAUUGGAGAAGUUUUUGACUGAUUACUGUAACAGUAAAACCAACACGGGUGAAUACAGUUGCCUCAAAGUCGAUCUACUAUUCAAGCGAGAAUUCUCAUAUUACUUAAUACAAAUUUAUAUACCAUGCUGUAUGUUGGUCAUUGUCUCAUGGGUAUCAUUCUGGCUGGAUCAAGGCGCAGUGCCAGCUCGAGUAUCGUUAGGUGUUACCACAUUGCUAACAAUGGCCACACAAACAUCGGGCAUCAAUGCCUCACUGCCUCCAGUUUCCUAUACAAAGGCAAUUGAUGUAUGGACCGGCGUCUGUUUGACGUUUGUCUUUGGGGCACUGCUCGAAUUUGCCCUGGUGAACUAUGCCUCCCGCUCAGGUUUGAAUAAAGCUAACAUGCAUAAGGAGAAUAUGAAAAAGAAACGUCGCGAUUUGGAGCAGGCCAGUUUAGAUGCCGCUUCAGAUUUGCUCGAUACAGAUAGCAAUGCAACAUUCGCAAUGAAACCGCUGGUGCGCCAUCCCGGUGAUCCGUUGGCGCUGGAGAAGCUGCGCCAAUGCGAGGUGCAUAUGCAGCCACCGAAACGUCCAAGCUGCUGUAAGACUUGGCUCUCCAAGUUCCCCACCAGACAAUGUUCUAGAUCGAAGAGAAUCGAUGUUAUAUCACGCAUCACAUUCCCGCUGGUCUUUGCGCUCUUCAAUCUGGUCUACUGGAGCACAUAUCUCUUCAGGGAGGAGGAUGAUGAGUAAAUGCCGUUACCUAUUUACAAAUUACUUUAUAUAGAAAAUCGUUUGCACUACGAUACCAAAGAAUGUACUAACCUAUUCUCUUUCAUUUCUACUUUCAUUUACAAACUUCGUUCUUACUUUCGAAAUUGUGUUUGCAUAUCGAUUUGGUUGGCUUGAUUUUUGCGUAUGAUUUUUAAUUCGAUUCGUUUGACUACCUACCAAUAAAAAGGACCUUCUAAAGCGCGUCUCUGAUAACCAAAGGCUAUGUAGAAUCCAACAUGAAAAUAACAAUAUGCAUUAGCGCACAAACACAGACACACACGCAUAUACAUACACAUACAUACAAUCGAGUAUGUAUUUAUGUAUAUCGGUGCAGUAUACGCUUUGCUUGAUCAAAUGGGGAUACAGAUUCAAGGCGUCAAGGCAUUUCCACUAUACGAAAUUCGGUUUAAAAAGAAGACAAGAAAAAACCAAAAAACCAAAAAACAAAAACAAGACAAAUGGAAAAGAUAUUAACUAACUGUAAGUUAAAUUGAUCGAGUAUGACUGCAUAGUAGAUAACAACAAUUUCAAAAACCAAAAGCAAAAAGUUAAAUUCGAAAAACCCAAAACUAAAAAACCAAAAAAAAAAAACAAAAGCAAAAAAAAUGCUGUAUUUUAAAAUGAAAUUAUUAAGGCGAUUUGAUAACGAUUUAAAAACGCUUGCUCGUUCAAUUUGUUCGAUUUGUUUUUAAUUCCCAAUACUUGUUAUAAUAUUAAUAAUAAAAUUAAAUGAAUUAUUUUAGAAUUUAAUCAAGACACGUUUUGUUCAUAUUAGUUUAGUUUUCAAAAAACAAAUUAAUAUUAAUUUGUACUUAAAAAUUCGAUAAGUUAGCUGUAAAAAAAAAGUCGCAGAUACCACACGACGUUUGUAAAUAUGUCAUACAAUAAGUUUUAAGCCAAACUAGUUUAUAUACAAUUGAAAUUCUAAAAUGACAAAGGAAAGGGUGUAGAUAAAUUUAAGUUUAGUCAUACUAAUUAAGCAACAAACAACAGCAACAACAACAACAACAACAACAACUACAAACUAACAAAUCCUAGGCAAAUUCAAUUAUGUUCACAAUCGAAUUAAAAAAUAAAACUAAAUGCAGAACAUGUUUUGAUGUUUUGUUAAUUGAAUUCACAUUUCAAGCACACACAUAAGCACACACACACACAGCACACGACAAAGUGAGUUUUCUACUUUUGAUACCCCUGCAGUGACACUACACUAAAUACUAUUCACACGUCUGAUUCGUCCGAUUACGAUUUGCAAAACUUAUCAGAAACUAUUCUGAAUAUAAUUCAUUUAUUAUCUUGCCACAUUUCCCCCUAAAAACUAAUAUUAAGAAACAAACAAUGUGUGAACAUCUUCAUGGGUAUUCAGGCUUCGGUUCACUGAAGAUAGCUCUUCCAGCUUCAUAUUUUUUUGAUUUAAGAUACUAUUUUUAAAAUCGUUAUCGGCAUAAGCAAAAAGAUAUGCACACUAUAAAUGAGAUUUAUUUAACUGGAACUGGUGGGUACUGCAAGUUUUUUCCUAUUGACAUGCCUAGUCUAAUACUUUAUGCUUGUUUUCAAUUUUAGUAUAUUCAAUUAGUGGCAAAUUUAAUUCAUGUAGUUACUAGAUACAUUUUAAUGAAUAUUGUGCGGUUGAUAAAACCGAUGCGACUAUUCAUUUUACUAUUUUGCUUUAAUUUUAUUAUAUAUACAUACUUAGUAUUAUAUGAAUACAUUUAUAUAGUAUUAAAUUUUAUUUAAUUAUUUGCGGAAAUGCAGCAUAGGAGAAACACACAAGUCGAAACCAAAGAUAAAUUUUUUUAUAAAUUCACAAUAGCUUGUGCAAUCCUAUGCUCUCAUUUCCCAAUUACCUAGUUAGAUAUUUUGUUUAAGAACUUGUAGUUUUAUUAUUAAUGAACAAAACAAAAAAAAAAAACAAAAACGAAAAACGAAAAACCUAAAACCAAUUAACAGACAAUACAAAUAGAAUAUCAAUAUCAUCAAAUAGUCCACAAGUGAAUAAUAAUAAAAAGCAGUGAAGCACAGCCAUCACAAUUAGUCGAAUCCUUAUAUGCUUUUGUUAUUAAGUGCCUUUUUGUAUGAGGAGUGAGUCCUGCAGUUAACAAGAGUUGUUUGUCUGCCCUUCCAUCCCCCCACCCCCCUCGUGACUACAGCUCGUAAUUCCCAAUUUCAGCAAACAAAUUUUCGACAUCCUAAUCGUAAUAGAAUAUGCCAACUUCAUAUCUAAGCACAAAUCGUACCCGGUUUCCGGUCUAGAUCAACAAUGAAAUACUGAAUUCUACAUAGCAAAAAACCACAGUAUAUACAACUAACAAACGACAAAGACAAAAUUUAUAAUAAUAUAUAACUCAUCAUUUACAAAAAAAAAAAGAAACAAAACCAAAAAAAAAAAAUACAGAUAAUAUUUUGUAGUUCUACUAUAAUACUUAAUUUUGUUAUCUUCAGCUUGUUUCUGCCUCUUUUAUUUGAUCCAAUUUAUUAAAUAUUUUUCAAUGAUAUGCUUUAAAUCAUAUUUUCGCUUUUAUUUCUAAAAUAUAAUAAAGGUAAGCUAACAAAAUGAAUAUAAAAGUAAUGAAACAAACAAAACAAAACAAAUCAAAAUCAAUGAAAACACGCACCCACAUAAUUAUUGUCAGUAAGCAAACCUCAAGAGGAAAUGAGAUAAAUGUUGUAAAAUUCGUGCCAAGCAAGAAAAUAAAUUUCUAAAUAAACAAAAAAAUGAGAUGAGAAAACUAAAUAGCUAAUAAUAAUUACGAGUGUAUAAGUACGAGAAUAUAAAAAAAAAAGAAAAGAAAAACAAAAUACAAAAUUGGGCGCAAAACUAGUUGUAUUGUAUAUGAAGCUAUAGCUAUUGAACAUACAGGGUUUUAAAUGUGAGCAAAUAAGUAGCAGAUGUCUGGGCGAUCAAUGAAGGCCUCGUAGCAACCAAAAUGUUGGGUAUGUUGUUUGAUAUGUGUUAAUUAAUGUUGAUUGUAAACGUAUCUACGUAUCUACCAAACCAAAAAAUGGAUAAACCAAAAGAAUACCAAACAAAAAAGAAACACACGUAGUAUAGGACAUCAUCAACUAGCAAAUGAGGAUGAAAACAAAAUGAAUGGAAAACGAUAACGAUAACGAUAACGAAAAUGAGGAAGUAGAAGAAUAACACGAGUUGCAACGAUGUGCGAUCUGAGUCUCUAUAAGUUGACCCCAAUCAUUGUUCAGUUCGUUGCGAAAUAUCUUAGAACUAGAUCAAUACUUGGCAUAGGUUGUGUGCUGCCUUCAGUUUGCCGUUCAUCAAUUUGGUCAAUUAUCAUUUAGGCAAAAAGUUGUUUAGCAGCGUCAGUCCAAAAACAAACAAACGAACGUUUUCAAUGUAAAUAGUUUAUAUAUAUAUAUAUAUAUAUGGAUAUACGUAUCUCAUACGGUAAUUAGGUAUAACAAAGUGCACAACUUCUAGAUGCGUUCCAAAAAGACUUACAAGUUUUGAGUAAACGAACUAACAGAAAUUUAAUAUUUAAACUUUAACAUUUAAACGUGAAAAUGUAGCACAUAAGUUAACAUUAUGUGUAGUUAAGUUAAGCCACAACAAACACAACAACAAAACCAACAACAACUAACAAUAACAACAUGAACAAAAGGGUGUUACAUCACAUUGCAUUCAGAUAGAAUAGUCAAAUACAUUACUAAUAUUAAAUACUAUUUACUAAACGCCUCAAAAGAAAAACAAAAAAAACCAAAGUCACAAUCCACAUUUUACAUUCACACAAUCACAAUCCGCUACUCACUUUACACAAUCACAAUCUAAGUCACCAUUUAGUGUUUCAGUCACAAUAAACUUAUUCUAAAGACAAAAAUUAACUUGCACAAAUUUGAGAAGAACAAAAUGAAUGAAAGAAGAGCGAACGUAUAUGAGAGUAAAUAAAUUCAAAUGGGAAAAUGAAAUU